GACGCGCCGAGCGAGUUCGCUGCUUGGGCCAAAGACGCGUGGGCAGACCUCGCAGGUCUCGAUGUGUUUCCGAGGGCUAUGAACAUCCGUGGGCGCAACGCUGCAGGUCUCUGCGUCCUCGCAUCCUCGGAGGAGGCCUUCCGAGCUGCGCAGGCGGCCUGGAACGGUGGCGGUGGCCGAGAGAUGGGCGCUCCGGCUCGCGUUUCCUACGCGGCCGUGGUGCAGGGCUGCCUCAGCGAGGACACCGUGGAGAGGCUCCGGAGCGACGGUUUUGACGUCCGGACGGUGCGGUCCUCUCUUCGGGCCUGCGCCACGGGGUGCUGA